AUGUUGCAAAAAGCAUUUGGGGAGUCUGCAGUGUCGAAAACUCGGGCAUACGAAUGGUAUAAAGACUUUAAAACUGGUCGUAAAAUGAGGGUGUUCGGAUGCAUUGGAGUAUUGAUUUCUCAGAAACCAUUUCUGGGCAUCGGUAGAUCUUUCAGUGACAAAGACCAAGUACUCAAAGAAGAGAUUCAGUUAUUCAGGACGAAGAAUAAGAAGAAAAAGAAAAGUGAUUUUGGACUUACCUGCACCAAAGCUUCGGGUUGA